GCAAUUAAAGGAUGAUAACAGGCAGUAACCUAAAGGACAGACUCCAUCUUACUUACCAAAUUCCAUGUUAGCUCAGUUGCAUAAAGAACAUAGAUGAGAGCUUUCAUUCCCUGCUGAAAAGGAUGCCAUGCCUCCACCAGUGAUUGCCCCCUGCGGGUCACUUUCUCAGUCAUUUUGAGCUCAGCCUAAGCAAAGACUGAGGUUAUGAAGUCGAUCCUAGAUGGCCUUGCAGAUACCACCUUCCGCACCAUCACCACUGACCUCCUGUACGUGGGCUCAAAUGACAUUCAGUACGAAGACAUCAAAGGUGACAUGGCAUCCAAACUAGGGUACUUCCCACAGAAAUUCCCUUUAACUUCCUUUAGGGGAAGUCCCUUCCAAGAGAAGAUGACUGCGGGAGACAACCCCCAGCUAGUCCCAGCAGACCAGGUGAACAUUACAGAAUUUUACAACAAGUCUCUCUCGUCCUUCAAGGAGAAUGAGGAGAACAUCCAAUGUGGGGAGAACUUCAUGGACAUAGAGUGCUUCAUGGUCCUGAACCCCAGCCAGCAGCUGGCCAUUGCAGUCCUGUCCCUCACGCUGGGCACCUUCACGGUCCUGGAGAACCUCCUGGUGCUGUGCGUCAUCCUCCACUCCCGCAGCCUCCGCUGCAGGCCUUCCUACCACUUCAUCGGCAGCCUGGCGGUGGCAGACCUCCUGGGGAGCGUCAUUUUUGUCUACAGCUUCAUUGACUUCCACGUGUUCCACCGCAAAGAUAGCCGCAACGUGUUUCUGUUCAAACUGGGUGGGGUCACGGCCUCCUUCACUGCCUCCGUGGGCAGCCUGUUCCUCACGGCCAUCGACAGGUACAUAUCCAUUCACAGGCCCCUGGCCUAUAAGAGGAUUGUCACCAGGCCCAAGGCCGUGGUGGCGUUUUGCCUGAUGUGGACCAUAGCCAUUGUGAUAGCCGUGCUGCCUCUCCUGGGCUGGAACUGCGAGAAACUGCAAUCCGUUUGCUCAGACAUUUUCCCACACAUUGAUGAAACCUACCUGAUGUUCUGGAUCGGGGUCACCAGCGUACUGCUUCUGUUCAUCGUGUAUGCAUACAUGUACAUUCUCUGGAAGGCUCACAGCCAUGCCGUCCGCAUGAUUCAGCGUGGCACCCAGAAGAGCAUCAUCAUCCACACGUCUGAGGAUGGGAAGGUACAGGUGACCCGGCCAGACCAAGCCCGCAUGGACAUUAGGUUAGCCAAGACCCUGGUCCUGAUCCUGGUGGUGUUGAUCAUCUGCUGGGGCCCUCUGCUUGCAAUCAUGGUGUAUGAUGUCUUUGGGAAGAUGAACAAGCUCAUUAAGACGGUGUUUGCAUUCUGCAGUAUGCUCUGCCUGCUGAACUCCACCGUGAACCCCAUCAUCUAUGCUCUGAGGAGUAAGGACCUGCGACACGCUUUCCGGAGCAUGUUUCCCUCUUGUGAAGGCACCGCGCAGCCUCUGGAUAACAGCAUGGGGGACUCGGACUGCCUGCACAAACACGCAAACAACGCAGCCAGUGUUCACAGGGCCGCAGAAAGCUGCAUCAAGAGCACGGUCAAGAUUGCCAAGGUAACCAUGUCUGUGUCCACAGACACGUCUGCCGAGGCUCUGUGAGCCUGAUGCCUCCCUGGCAGCACAGGAAAAUUUUUUUUUUUUUUUUUUUUUUAAGCUCAAAAUCUAGAAGAGUCUGUUGUCUCCUCGGUUAUAUUUUUUUAAGUUUACCAUGCUCAGUGAAAAGGUGAUUGUCACCAUGAUCACUUAUCAGUUUGCUAAUGUUUCCAUAGUUUAGGUACCCAAACUCCAUUCUCCAGGGGUUUACAGUGGAGAAAGCCUGUUGCUUAAGUGACUGAACGAUCCUUCAAAGUCUCAAUGAAAUAGGAGGGAAACCUUUGGCUACACAACUGGAAGUCUAAGAACCCAUCGAAAAAUGCCAUCAAAUGAAUAAUGCCUUUGUAACCACAACUUUCACUAUAAUGUGAAAUGUAACUGUCCGUAGUAUCAGAGAUGUCCAUUUUUACAAGUUAUAGUACUAGAGAUAUUUUAUAAAAUGUAUUAUGUCCUGUGAGAUGUGUAUCAGUGUUUAUGUGCUAUUAAUAUUUGUUUAGUUCAGCAAACUGAAAGGUAGACUUUUAUGAGAACAAUGGGCAAGCAGUGGAUACAUGUCAAUGAGUGCACUUUUUUUCUAUAUUAUUGCCCAUGAUAUAACUUUAGAAAUAAACCUUAGUAUUUCUUCAAAUAUCUCUAUUUAAUUUUGACACUGAAAAAACCAUAAAGGUUUAUUUUUCUGUUACCUCAACAAGAAGAAUUUGAAGACUUCAAAAUAUUGGGCAGAAUUCAUUCACACUUAAAAAUUUAUUAGCCCUGCAUUUUCAUAGGAAGACACAUUGUCUUCUGGACUAUAGCUGUUCUAAUGGAUUGUAAUCAGAAUGAAAGAGAGAAAGCAUAUUGACUUUUUUUGAGCGACAUCUCUGACUUUCUUUAGUCUUUAGCUAUUACUGGAUCUCUUAAGACAGCAUGUGUUAAUCUUAAUGUAUAUUGUUAUCACUGUGCAGUUGCUGUUUACUUGAAUAGUAUUGUGUUCCUGUAUUCCAGGUUUAAGUAGAUUUCAUGCCUGGGUGGCCAGACAACAGUCUUCAUUUUUUUUAAUUGAAAAGAAGUAGUGUCUGGAUCAGUAAAAUUAUACUGUGUGUGAGUGUGAAUAUAAAUGUGUGUAUGUGUGUUUCUGUCCUGUAACUGUUACAGUAAUGUCAUAAAGUGAGAAAACUGUGACCAAGUGUAAACUAUUACUACUUGCUGCACUCUUCCACAUGGAUUCAGUUUCUAAAAUUGAGUUCUUCCUGUAAUCUUGUUGAUAAAAAAUACUGACUCCAACCAUUCAAAAAUUUCACCCCAUCCCUCCUUAAGAGAUUGGAUCAAGUAUUACUAAAUUGACCUUUAGGUAUUACAUAAGACCAGUGUUUAGCAAGAAAUAAUGACAGACAUCCAAGUAAGGGAUGUAUUUAUAGUGUCAUUGCCGGGAAAGGAGAGUACUUUGGUUUCUGAGCACCGAAUAUUGAUCAAGAUGUCAGUCACUAAAAGGAAGACAGUUCUACAGGAAAACAAAUGAUAACAUUUUUCAAUAGCGUGUGUAGGUAGUAUGCACUAUAUACAUCACAUUAAAGUAGGACUAUCACACCCAGCCCAUGUGGCUAAAAAAGCUGAAUCAGACAGUGGAUGAGACACAAAACGGCAGUGAAGAGCCGACACACUUGGCAUUGACGUCUAGAUAUGCUGCAUCUGUGCUUUGCCCACAUGCCCUUGGUGACAGCUGAGCACCCAGCUCUGUCUUGGUAGGUUUGGGCUAAGGAACAGACCUCUCCUUUGCUCAUGGUUAGCAAGAUACACUCAAGCAUGAAGAUAAACACAGCUGCUUUCUUCUUACACCCCGGUCUCAUACUCCUUAAUGGCACCGUGGGUGCUCAUUGUUGGGCCUUUUUCCAGUAAGGAAUGAUAUUGAUGAAGAAUCUACUUAACCCUGACAAAUUUUAAUUAUAAUCUCUUCUUAUACAGAUAAAACAUGACUCCUACAAGGCCCCAAGGUCUACAUAGUCUGAAGUGAAGUAGAGAGCUGGCAUCUAUCUGGUGAUUUCUAGCUCUCGAGAUACCCAAGCAGCCUGAUGGGGCAGUUCCCCUUCUUACAGUUCAAGCUCUAAGGCAGGAUGUGGCUUGUGAGAUACUUUGCAUUGUCUGUCUGCACACCUUGAAUCUGCCUGCUGGUUCCCUUACUUUACCUCUCUGUCAUGUGCAGAUGAAGGCUCAGGGUGCUAGAGGAUUAAUAAGAUCUCUUUCUAAAGAAAGGAGAGAUUAUUGACAAGAAGAACUCACCAGGGCAGGGUCUAGUUUCCAUUUAAGAAUUGCCAGUCUUUUGUCCUGCAUCAUCUUGAAUAUUAAUCCACAUAUUUCAGAGAUCACCAGGCAGUACCAAUGCUCUUUUCACAGCUAUGAAGAGCUAGUAGAGACGAAAUUCUUGUUAUGGUAGAAAAAUUUCACGAUUCAUUUUUGAAACUGCAUUUGUGCGUAUGCAAUGUAGAUUUUAUAGUGUGUUGUGCUUUCAAGAUCUAAAUCACAUAUAAUAAAUUAAGGGACAAUGGGGCUGACAGCACUAAACUUGGUGCUUAUUGAUAUUCUAAGAAAUAUCUGUGAAAUAUCAUCACGUAUAUUAUACAACCUUCAUUUAAAAAGGUUUAAAACUAGUUAGAUUCACUUUGACACUUUUCAUAUCAUUUCUUAACCCAAGUGACGAAAACGUUGUCCCCAAUGAAUACACUCAUUAGAAUUACCACUUGGUAAUAUCACUCAUUAAUUAGCCCCAUAAUUAGAUCCAUUAAUUUAAAUAUGAGUUAAAUUUAAGUAAGUUUUAUAAGGUCUGACAUCAGAGGUAUCUUACUUUCCUCUGAGGAUGAUGUACUUGCCCUGACCAUGCGUUUUACCAUCACACAUGUCUUCAGAAAGGGCCGAAUUCCCAACCUGCUCAUUUUUUUAAAUCAGAGUCAUGAUGAGUCAGUCCUAGAAUGUUUCAUUUGGACAAGUAGGGCUGCCUCCAAGAGGAACCUCUGAUCUAUUUUGUAUGAAAUAUAUGUGAAAGGAUAUGAAUCUGAGAGAUGCUGUAGACAUCUGUCCUACACUUGAGAUGAUUUCCAGGCCUCUCUGGCACUUUUGAGUUAAGUCUAUCUGGUAUUAAAUGCCAAGGACCUUUUGCUGCCUAAAUCCACUCUGCAGGAAAUAGGCCCAACCACCAGAUAAGAAUUAGGCCCUGGAUGAGUAGCGCUCUAGUUACUGUCCUGUUGAUUAAUUUCUGCCAUUUCAUGUCCAUAAAAGAGACCACCCAUAUCAUGCACACAAUUAGAUUUCUCACACUCUAACUGUAUAUUUGUAUUAUAUUUUAAAAUCUCCUAAAUGCUGGGCAAUGGCUAUUAACAAUUAAUUGUCUUGCACUGGCCUUCUGAUGAAAUGUUAACAAUGCCUAUUGUAAUAUAGAAAAAAACAUUCUAUCUACUGAUUUGGGCUGAAUGUAUGUAAAUAGGUUUCUAAAAAGUCAGAUGUUUGAGCAGUGGCCUAGAAAUCAGUAAUUUUCAGAUGGGAGGGUUUCUUUACAUUGCCGUGGCAUCUUAAAUGCUAUCUUCAUGUAAAUUGACUGUACUAGGCCUACUGGGGAUCAGAGUUCCCAAGAAAGGAAACCUUUUCUUGUAUCUGGAUUCAAAUUUAUUUCCAAUGUUUCAAGUGGAAAACAUGACUCUUUAAUGUCUGUAAAUCUAACAUUAUUACUUUUCCUCUUAGAAGAAUAUUGUAUUGUUAGAUGUUUGUUGAGCUGGUAACAUCGUUGCAACCACUGCAAUAUCUUCGUUAGUAAUCUGUAUAAUACUUUGUAUACAAGUACUGGUAAGAUUGUUAUUAAAUGUAGCUUCAGUCAUUAAAUUACUAUAGCAAAGUAGUACUUCUUCUGUAAUAUUUACAAUGUAUUAAGCCCAUAGUAUAUUUUAUUUCAAUGGUGUAAUUAAACUGUUACUUAUUCAAAGAGAAAACAUCUCAUCAUGUCUAUUGUCCAAAGUUACCUGGAAUCAAAUAAAAAUUCUAGAUUACCAUGAAGAACAUAAAAUGCCUUUGAACUCUGCCUUAUUUC